AUGGCAUUCCAAGGAGUGAUAGCAUUGAUAAUAUGCUUUAUCGCCUCAGGGUUGUUUGGAUCUAUGUUUGUGCCUAUGAAGAAGUACAGUCCUGGAGAUGGUAUGUUUCUGUAAAAUACUUUUUAAAACUUUUAUGUCAUUUUUAGUAAAAAACUUAACAAUUUCACAUUAAAAAAAUUAUCUUUGCAUCUUACCGUAGUAAACCUAAAUUUAUCUAGGCUUAUUUGCUCAAUGGGUAAUGUGUUCGGCCAUCUGGCUAGUUGGAUUUGGAGUCUUUUUGUACACAGGAUACCAAAACUUUUAUCCAUUUGCCAUGGUUGGUGGCUUCUCAUGGUGUUUGGGGAAUGUCAUCACGGUACCUAUCAUCAACGAACUUGGUCUCGGCUUAUCUUUGUUGUUAUUCAGUGUUAUGAACUCAACCACUUGCUUCUUGGUUAGUACUUUUGGUCUUUUUAGUACUAUUGCAAGGCCUUCGGAAAGAUUGUGGCUGAAUUUGAUCGGAUUGGUGUUUAUCGCUGCUGGGUAAGUUUAUAUUGUCAAUUUGAAUAGUGUAGUUGACAAGAAAAUGGUGAGCUCAAAUUUGUAGUCAUAAAAACAUGUUUUAAUAUUCUACUAUAAAAUUUUUUUGUUUCAGAGGUAUUUUAACCUCGUACGUUAAGACAUGUCCGCCAAGAACUUCAAAAUCCAAAAGCAAUGUAGGUUACCUUUGAAAAUUAUUUAAAUACCGUAUUUUACUAUAAAUUCCACCGUUUUUUAAGUUUUUUAGGAUGAAAAGUCGUCUAUAGACACAAUUUCAAACAAAACUCAAGGUGACGUCGUUGAAUUUCACGAUUUAUCAAAAACCAAAUCGACGCUUCGAAGAAAAUUGUAAGUUUAACGUUUUUAAAAUCUAUUAUACAUUAUCUUUGCCUUUAAAUAUUUUUUGCUUGGUAAAAAUUAUAAAAAUAUAAAAAAUAAAAUAUUGUCUUCUUUGUUUUGAAGUAUUUUUAAAAUCGAAAAAAGUUUGGGCUCAGCCGGUGAUCGAAACCGGGGCCUCUCGCACCCAAAGCGAGAAUCAUACCACUAGACCACUGAGCCGCGCUACUCCACGGCGUCGACUGGCUACUCCUUUUUGUUUCUUUGAGUAGCCGCUACUUUUUGCUUACUUUUUCAAUUGCCGCUGGGUGUUUUUGCAAGCUUCGGGUUUUCAAAUUGUAGUUGUAUAGCGUUGAGAUUAUUAUGUUAAUAAAAAGAGUUUUUUUCGUUGGGAUUUCUAAUAUAACAUGCUAAAUUGAUAAAUUCUACCGUUUUUCGCCUAUUUUUAAAACUUUAAUUAAAAAUUAUUAUCAAAGUUUAAAAACCUUUUUUAAAUUUGUAAACAUAUUUUUUAAAUAUGUUUUUCUUGUUUUAGAGCGUUACUGGGAGCAUUCGUAGCCGGAAUUUUGUAUGGAUUCAAUUUGGUACCCAUUGUUUAUAUCCAAGAUAACGCCGACUUGUUUGACAAUGUUCAAGUUGGUGGUAUGCCAUAUGUAUUUUCUCAAUUCUGUGGAAUUUACAUAAGUUCUACCGCAUUCUUCGCCAUUUACGGAUUUGUCAAGUAAGAUUUCAGACGUUUUAACUUCGGGGAACCUUGCUCAAUGUAAAAAUCUUGUCCUUCUCUCAUUCUUAGGUCUAGGACCAUAACUUAAUAUCUCACCUUCAAACCGCUAAGCACUCUAUAUAGAAAUUGCUAGCUAUUAUCAAAAAAAAACGAUAUACUGAAAAUUUUAGGAAGAACAAGCCAGUGAUCAACCCUAAAGUAGCGUUACCUUCAUUGUUGACUGGACUAAUGUGGGGAGUGGCCCAAACAAUGGCUAUAAUCUCUACCGAAGCUCUUUCUCAAGGCAUCUCUGGCCCAAUCACAGCUAUGGUACCUGGUUGUAUCGCUACAGUUUGGAGUUUGCUCUACUUCAAGGAAAUUGAGGUAAGCAUAUAACCAAAGAUGACAUUAAACAUUAGUUGAUUAUCUUUUCUGAAUCACAAGUUUAUGUUAUCUAGAGUUUUGAGAACUAAAACUUUCAGACGGGAAAGAAUCUGUACGUGCUAUGGACCUCAAUUGGUUUGACAAUGACUGGAGCGAUUUGCAUUGGUCUGAGCAAAUUGUAA